AUGCAUGAUAAAGUCGAUGACCCACUUCCUAUACAUAUAUUUACUACACGUAACAAUCCUGAUCAAUCCACAACAGCAUUAAAUCUUAAAUUUGUUCAUCAUAACUUAUUUCUCGAUUCACUUCUUCAAAUGAAACCUACAGUAAGAGAUAAAGACGAAUUAAUUUCUCGAUGUUUUGAAUUAUAUAAAAACAAUAAUUCACAAUUAUCGAUUAUAAAAGAAUUUCAAGACGAAUAUAGAUCGGAUCGAGCAUUAUGGUGGUAUACUCGAGAUACAUUUCUGUAUCGUUUAUUAAAUAAAGCUCUUCGAGUACAAAACAUUGAUUUACUUUUUAUCUUUCGAUUUUUUAUUUAUGACAUACAAAGACAACUUGAAAUAAACCAAUGUUUACAAGCGAUUCAAACUUAUCGUGGACAAUUAAUGUCAAAAGAUGAAGUAAAAGAACUGGAAAAUUCUAUUGGAGAUUAUAUAUCAAUCAAUUCUUUUUUUUCAACAACUCGAGACAAAAAUUAUGCAAUUUUUUGUUUGGGAGAUGUAAAUUCAAUUCAUAAUGAUUUACAAAGAGUAUUAUUUGAAAUUGAUGCUAAUCCAGAUCAUGUUGGUAUUAAAUUAUUUGCUGAUAUAUCAUCAAAAAGUUACUUUCCUAAUGAAUGUGAAGUAUUAAUAAUGUUAGGAGCUAUAUUUCGUUUAAAUAAUAUUAUUUUAAAUGAAGACAAUAUUUGGGUGUGUCAUUUAUCGUUAUGUAGUGAUCAAGAUAGUGAUCUAAAAUCUCGAAUUAAUCAAAUAAAAAGAGAAUAUAUCGAUCAACAAAACACUAUUUUUAGUCUUGGAAAUAUCUUACAUCAAAUGAAAAAAUAUGAUGACGCAGAAAAAUAUUAUCGACGUUUACUUACUGAAUUUUUAAAUGAUCAUAAACAAACUGGUUUAUGUUAUUAUCAUCUUGGUCGAGUUUAUUCAGGUAGAAACAAUUAUGAACAUAGUAUUAAAUGGUAUGAAAAAUCACUUAAAAUCAUGAUGGAGACAAUGAAUUCAGAUGAUUUAAAUAUUGCAAAAUGUUAUAAUAGUAUUGGUAAUAUUUAUCGAAAAAAAGAAGAUUAUAAACAAGCACUUGAAGCAUAUCAAAAAGCUUUAAGUAUUUGGACCCGAGCACCUGAUGAAAAUCAUUUAAAAGUUGCUAUGUGCCUUAUUAAUAUGGCUGUUGUUCAUAAUGCAACAGAAAAUAAUAAUGAUGCACUGGAAUGUCUUGAAAAGGCUUUGAAGAUUAAGCAGGAAUAUCAUGGGACAAAUCAUUCGGAUGUAGCUGAGUUAUAUAAUAAUAUUGGAUUAGUUCAUGAAUGUCUGGAUGAUUUUGAUCUGGCUUUAGAAAAUUUUAAACGAGCACUGGAAAUUUAUCGAACAGCGUUCCAUUCACAAAAUAUUGACUAUGGAUUAACACUUGAAAAUAUUGGUUAUCUCUAUAAACAUGAUAAGCAAUGGAGACAAGCAUUGACAUAUUUAGAAGAAGCAGCGAGUGUCUAUCAUCAAAUAUUAUCCGCUACACAUCCUAGAGUUGUUCAAAUUAAACAAGAUAUUCAACAUGUUUUAUCUGUAAUCAAGAAUUGA